GAAACACAACACCGGAAUUGAAUGAUUUGGAGGGGUGUAUAUAGUGUACUUCAGGCAGACCUGGCAACCACGACGGCUACCAAAAUUCACUAAACACGUUCUAGGACAGCCUCAGAAAAACGGGACGCAGAGGUUGGCUCUGGGUAAAAGGGAAGUGUUUGACUUCAUCGUCUUGACAUGUUUUUUUAACGUUGUGUAAGUGUUCUUUUAGUUUACACAAAGUGACAUUUUGCCUGUAUGGACUUCCGGUUCCGCCAUGUGUCACUGCUUUUAAAGCAAUGGAUGGUCCGAAGCACAUUUUCACUUACACCAACAAGGAUUUUGUGUACGACGUGUGCCGGAUUAACGGAAAGACCACUGAUGUUCCGUCCAGGUUUGAUGUAGCCCUGAGAUGCGGCUGGACAGAGAAGAUGAACCUCGGGCUUUUCAGGUAUCAUCUGGGGGAUUUGGAGGCGCGUGUGUUACCCGGCGAGUGUGGCUAUAUCGCUCAGCUCAACAUCCAGAGAGGUAUUGAAAGGAGAAAACCCCAAGUAAUCCUGAGUAUUCAACAGCAGUUCGACCCCAAUCUCUUUAACUUCAAUAAAAUCAGUUCAUCAGAAAUCUUGUUUGAAAUGCACAAACAGGUCUCCCCUGAGAAAGACGGAACCUGUGCCACGUGUGUUGUGAUCAUAAACGUGAGUCCAUUAGAGUUUGGACACUGCUUACUGGUACCCGAGCCUUCCCGGUGCCAUCCACAGAUCUUAACGCCUCUAGCCUUACAGCUCGGGGUAGAGUCAUUGUUUCUCAGCGCUGAUCCCGGACUCCGAGUCGGAUUUAACAGUCUCGGGGCGUUUGCCUCCAUUAAUCACCUACAUCUUCACGCCUAUUACUUGAAUCACCCUUUAAGGAUCGAGUCAGCCCGCACGGAGGUCAUCCUGCUCAAAAAGUGCUUGUUCCGGCUUAUGGAUUUCCCCAGAGCAUUCAUGUUUUACACGGAGGGAAAAGAGGAAGCGCGCGCAGUCGCCACCACUGUCUGCAGGCUCACUGACCACCUCGUAGAGAGAAAUAUUGCUCAUAAUGUCUUCAUGACUCGAGGCUGCCAUCCAGACAGUGAAAACAAAGCCCAGUCCUCCCUGCGCCUCGGAGUGCGCAUCUUCAUCUGGCCCCGAGUGUCGUGUUUCGGAGCGAAAGAGGAGUCAGCCUUUAACGUGGCUCUGUGUGAACUGGCCGGUCAUCUUCCGUUCAAAAACAGAGAGGACUUUGAGCGCUUGGAUGAGGAUCGGGUCAAAGCAAUUGUCCAGAGGUACCUCCUCAGUGACGAAGAGUUUGCUGACUUACAAAAAGAAAUUGUUGAAAAAUUGUAAACAGCACGUGGCCCACUACUGAAUAUGACUUGACUUGUUCCAUUAUAUGUAAGUGACUUGACCAUGUAAACAUAUUAUAGUGAUUUAUUACAACAUUUCGUCACUUCCCACUCACUAGCCUGCUCUUCCCAUCACACAUCCUUAGAUACAAUGUUCAUAAUAGGAAACAGUGGAGCUGAACACACUAGGAGGGAAGUUCUUACUGCCCUUUUCCACAGGCAUACACUGGGACACCCAUGACUGUUGUAGUGCAAUAUCACUGCUUCUCACUCAGAAAGUACUGUGUUGUGUUACUCAUUGUGUCGGUUACUGAAUAAAAAAUAAUUGUCUAGAUGAGGGGUGUCCGAUUUUUAUCUACAAAGAGCCGAUGUAGGUGUUGAUUCCGGUCAAGCAAGAGCCACACCUGCUUCAACACCUAAUCAUUUUAUAUAGGCUUUCAACUGUCAAUGCUUUCUGCUUGGCUGGAAACACUGCAUACAGGUGUAAAUCAAUUGACUGCAUACUGACAACACAUAACACUGAAAAAUAACUAACUAAUAAAUCAUGGUGUAACCCUAAACUGUGCGUGCGCAAUACUGAAGCACAGAAUGUAAUUGGAUCAGAUUUUUAAAAGAUAGCAAAUCCAUUCUGAUAUCAGUCCAGCAUUUCAAACAACUGACGAUAUCCAGUAUCCAGAUUGGUGCAUCAUUAUUUCACAUGAAAACUACCAAACAAAAUGUCUUGCCACAACUCUUAAAUCACGUAAAGUGGUACACUAUAAUAAGAUUAUUCAGGUCUCCAAUACCUACUCAAAAUGGAAAGAAUGUAACUGUGUUUAUUUGCCUCUAAGGAAUUAGUUGCAUUAUAGUUGAAUAAAUGAUCAAUUGUACUGUUCAAAGUAACCUAAAGUCAAUAAAAGCGAGUUGAAACAAA